ACGAUUAAUUAUACUUACUAUAUAUAAAUAAUUGCACGUGUCUACAUAUAUGGAUUAAAUUCGGAAUAAAACUGGCUACAAAAUUCAACAAAUUAUUUUGAGCUAAUAGGAAUGCCAGUGGCACACACACAGUGUCACACAUCACCAAGCUACUGCAAUCCUGAGCUGCAAUCCACAAAUGCACACAAUGUAGAACUGAGUCUGUCAACCACUAUUUAUUUAUCUGCUGCUUCGUACAUGCAGUAUUUUGGAAUAGACAUAUAAUCACUGAUCUCCCUAUACUAACUGUUAUUGUAUAGAGAUCAGUGACUAUAAAGUAUGAUGAAGAAGGCUUUCACGAACACCUCACGAAGUCGUACAUCGGUAUUGACGUUUUAAGACGCAAACACGAUAACAGAUGGCGCGGAGAUGCCGCCAAACGAUUACUCAGUGGUAGACUGGUGCUUGCUCCCACCUCUCGGCUUAGUUCUGGUUUACUCAAUGGGAGUAACUAAGCCGAGAGGUGGAAGCGAGCACCCGUCUAACUCAGCGAUCGCUCGUUACUGAGUCGCAGCUCCGAAAACAAAAGAUCGCACGGCGAGUACGAAGCUGUACAGCGCAGACGAUCGAGGAAGGCGGAGGAAGAUGUGAAUGUACGCUGUCGCGGCGCCUCUUUCACCACCGACGAACAACCGAGGAGGAAACCAAUAACAUAGAUUCAAUCACAUUGCCAUUGGAAUAGUCGCCAAGUUUACGCACAUAAGAAAUUCCGUCACAUGUAUCACCAACAGUAACUAGUCACAGUGAGACUGUGCCUUUAGUUCUGGACACGGGGAUUCAACGAUCCGUCUACAUUCCGUCUCCUUCACGCUCCUCGAAAACCGCGUAUGUUUGCUUCAUCGUUCUCACGCUAGUGCAUCCAGCUCGACCGAGUCGCUUGCUGUGCGACGCUGGCAAAUUUCCGUUAUAGCUGCAGUGUGUUUAGGAAGCAAAAAUCGACGCUGAGUAGGCAGGGCGACACGUCGCACGCACACAAGCAUCGUAAGAUUUCCCGUCGUCGCUUGUCGAUUCCGCCACGCCUCGCUUCGCAACCAUGCCGAGGAUGCCCAGCCACGGUCGCCACGGCGACGAGCAGUGAGCAGCAUCGCAUCGUCGUCGCCGUGCCGACGGCAUGUACCCGACGCACUCGCCGAAACUUCCGCGCCGCUCCGACCAGAACUAUGUCGGCCAGACGCAACCGUCGUCGCGCUCGAGCCCCGUGACGCUGCCGCGCGCGAGCAAGAUGGCGUCGCCGGGACGCGCGCGCAAGGCUCAGCAGCAGCGCGGCGUCGACAACAACGGCGCCGCGCUGACGCUCGAGAACCUGCAGUCGGUGAACGCCGCCUACAGCCAGACGUUCCUGACGGAGGGGCGGGAGCGCGCGCCGUCGCCGCCACGGCCCGCGAACCUCAGCGCGCGCUCGGCGAGCCUCACGAACGUGCGCGGCCGCUCGUGGGACCGCGGCGACGCGUACGACUACGCGCCGGCGCCGCACGCCGGCGAGCGCUACCCGCCGCUGCAGCGCGGCCGCUCGCUCGAGCGCGCCGAAUACGGCGGCGGUCUCCGCGGCAACGAGCGCUGGUACCUCGACCCGCACGACUACGACAUCGAGCGGCCGCACAGCCAGGCGUCGUCGUACUCGGACCGCUACGCGUACCGCGACGGCGGCGGCGCGCAGCAGCUGAAUUCGCAGCUGAUUCUCGACCUGCAGGCGCAGAUCUGCGACCUGCAGCGCGAGUGCUCGGGCCUGCACCAGGACCUCGACCAGUCGAACCAGAAGCUGAGCUCGAGCAUGAACAGCAUCAAGACGUUCUGGAGUCCCGAGCUGAAGAAGGAGCGCGCGAUGCGCAAGGAGGAGAAUUUGAAGUACGCGAUGCAGCAGGAGCAGCUGCGGCUAUCGAUGCAUGAGAACGAG